AUGCGCGCCCAACACCUCUCCACCCUCCUCUUCACCACCCUCGCGGCCGCCUCCCCGCUCGCAGUCCGCCAAGCCGCCACGGCCACUGCAAUGGCUCCCGGCGCCGGCGCCACACCCGGGUCUGGCAGCGGCGGAUCCGGCGGCGGAUCCGGCGGCGGUGGUGGCGGCGGAUCCAAGGUCGACGCGGCGGCCAUCAUGGCCGUCAUGCCGCAGUCGAGCUCGUGCGACGGCGCCGACUUCCCCGACGAGUGCCGCACCGCGGAGCAGGCGGCGCCCUUCAUCUCCAAGGCGUGCGCGGAUUUGAGUGAUGGGGAGUGCGCGGCCACGGUGGCGCUGAUGGGAUUGGAGAGUGUGGAUAUGCGGUUUAAGCAUAAUGUUAGCCCGGGGAGGCCGGGGCAGGGGACGGCGAAUAUGAUGAUGGCGGAUUUCACCAAGGAGUAUGCCACGGAGCUGUUUGGCGCCGAGAAGGUCACGGGCAAGUCGCCUGACGAGAUCCUGGCUAUGCUCAUGCCGGACGAGUACAACUUUGGCUCGGCCGCCUGGUUCUUGAUGACCAAGUGCGCUGAUGUGCGUGAGACGCUCAAGGCUGGCACCGAUGAGGGCUGGUCCGCGUAUAACGAGUGCAUUGGUGUCGAUGGCACGCUGCCGGACCGCAUGAAGUACUGGACUGCGGCGAAGGAGGCAUUUGGGCUUUAG